AUGGAGGAUUUUUAUGACAUCAAAACAUGCAAGAUCGAUGGGAAAAUGGUCUGCCUCUUUGGGAUAUUUGACGGUCAUGGUGGUUCGCGUGCAUCUCAAUAUUUAAAGGAAAAUCUGUUUAAGAACCUCAUGAAGCAUCCAGAGUUUAUAACAAACACAAAAGUGGCUAUUAGUGAGACUUAUCAGCAAACCGACAAAGACUUUUUGGAGUCCGAAAAGGAUAAUUUUCGCGAUGAUGGUUCUACUGCUUCCACAGCAGUUUUGGUAGGAAAUUAUCUGUAUGUUGCUAAUGUUGGAGAUUCCCGGACUGUAAUAUCCAAUGAGGGCAAAGCCAUCGCCCUCUCUGAGGAUCACAAACCAAACAGAAGUGAUGAGCGGAUGCGAAUUGAAAGUGCUGGUGGGGUUGUCAUGUGGGCAGGCACAUGGAGGGUUGGAGGCGUAUUGGCAAUGUCUCGUGCAUUUGGAAACCGUAUGCUGAAGCAAUAUGUGGUGGCUGAACCAGAAAUCCAGGAACAAGAGCUGAAUGAAGCAUUUGAACUGCUGGUUCUUGCAAGUGAUGGUCUCUGGGACGUUGUACCCAAUGAGGAUGCUGUGUCACUUGCACAGACUGAAGAAGAACCAGAGGCAGCAGCUCAAAAGCUGACCGAGGCUGCUUUUACCCGUGGCAGUUGUGAUAAUAUCACCUGCAUUGUAGUCAAGCCUACCACCAUAAAACCACAAACCCAAACUGAUGCCUGAUGCCGGAGGGGUUUUCUUACAUUGCUGCUGAAGAUGUUCAUGUUAUUUAUUCAAUUUAUGGCCUUCUUUUGCAACUUUUGUUCUGCAGUGAAGAGAGACAUGAAAAUUGUGUCUUCUCGUGUAAAUUCUGAUUUUUGCUCUUGAUCCUGU